UCCCUGCUGUUAGGAAGCAGAGGAUAAAUGCUUUUCACAGAAGUGGCAAAGUCUUGAGGAUGCUGGAGCUGAGUGUCUCAGGGCUGGACCCGACCUCCGUGUUGGCCUCUCCAUGGCAUCUUCUGUUGCUUGGAGCGGCUUCCUGGCUUUUGGCCAGGAUUCUUGCCUGGACCUACUCAUUCUGUGAGAACUGCUCCCGCCUCAGAUGCUUCCCUGAGUCCCCUAGAAGGAAUUGGUUUUUGGGUCACCUGGGCCUGAUUCAGAACAAUGAGGAAGGCAUGCAGUUGGUGACUGAAAUGGGCCAGACCUUCCGAGAUGUCCAACUCUAUUGGCUGGGACCCGUCACCCCUGUGCUGAGACUUGUUGACCCUGCAUUUGUUGCUCCCCUGCUCCAUGCCUCAGCUUUGGUGGCCCCCAAGGACAUGACUUUCUUAGGCUUCCUGAAGCCCUGGCUGGGGGAUGGGCUCUUCCUGAGUUCAGGUGACAAGUGGAUCCGCCAUCGCCGCCUGCUGACGCCCGCCUUCCACUUUGACAUCCUGAAGCCCUAUGUGAAGAAUUUUAAUAAGAGCGUGAACAUCAUGCAUGACAAGUGGAAGCACCUAGCCUUGGAGGGCAGCGCUCGACUGGAAAUGUUUGAGAAUAUCAGCCUCAUGACAUUGGACAGUCUACAGAAAUGCCUCUUUGGCUUUGACAGCAACUCUCAAGAGUCUCCUAGUGAAUACAUUGCUGCCAUCUUGGAGCUCAGCUCCCUUAUAGUAAAAAGGUCCCAGCAGCUCUUCCUGUAUGUGGACUUCCUAUACUACCGCACUGCUGAUGGGCGGCGCUUCCGCAAGGCCUGUGACCUGGUGCACAACUUCACAGAUGCUGUCAUCAGGGAGAGACGCCGUACCCUCUCCAGCCAAAGUGUUGAUGAGUUCCUAAAGUCCAAGACUAAGUCUAAGACUUUGGACUUCAUUGAUGUGCUCUUGCUGGCCAAGGACGAACAUGGAGAGGAGCUGUCUGAUGAGGACAUCCGGGCAGAGGCUGACACCUUCAUGUUUGGAGGCCAUGACACCACCGCCAGUGGGCUCUCCUGGACCCUGUACAACCUGGCGAGGCACCCGGAAUACCAGGAGCGCUGCCGGCAGGAGGUGCGGGAGCUGCUGAGGGACAGAGAACCCGAAGAGAUUGAGUGGGACGACCUGGCCCAGCUGCCCUUCCUGACCAUGUGCAUCAAGGAGAGUCUGCGGCUGCAUCCUCCGGUCACAGACCUUCUGCGCACCUGCGCCCAGGAUAUUGCGCUACCUGAUGGCAGGGUCAUCCCCAAAGGGAACAUCUGUGUCAUCAGCAUCUUUGGUAUUCAUCACAAUCCUUCAGUAUGGCCAGACCCUGAGAUCUACGACCCCUUCCGCUUUGACCUAGAAAACCCUCAGAAGAGAUCACCGCUGGCUUUUAUUCCCUUCUCCGCGGGGCCCAGGAACUGCAUCGGACAGACUUUCGCCAUGAGCGAGAUGAAGGUGGCGCUGGCGCUCACAUUGCUGCGCUUCCGCCUCCUACCCGACGACAAGGCGCCGCGCCGGAAGCCGGAGCUGAUCCUGCGCGCGGAGGGCGGGCUGUGGCUGCGGGUGGAGCCGCUGAAGUCGGGUGCACAGUGACACCCACCCCGCCUCCUUCUGACCUGGGACCUCCUCAUCCCACCCACCUGCGGAACUCGGUGGAUCCCAGAAUAAACCGAGCCCGGUUAAUGACCAGCGGGAGGCGCUGGAGCGCAACAGAACCAGCUGUGCUCUGGGAGGGAAGAGGCUGGGCUGCUGGGUUUGAGCCUUCCUGUUUGCUGAUUAGCCAUGCAAGGCUUCCAUGCUGAUGACAGUUCUUUUCCAGCUCAAGCUGGAACUUCAUCCUGCAAGAGCCACUGUCGCUUUCUGAGCUGAGUAGGAGAAGGAGCGGGGUUUCAGGCCCGCUGGAGCCUCCUAGGCACUGAAGCAAAGCCUUAAUUGCACUGUUUCCGUUUUCUUCUACUUCCUCUUCAUCUUCUGUGUCAUCAUAUUCGAAGCGAUCGUCCAGUUUUUGUCUUCUUAGUGUUGCACUUACUGGAAUGGGCUGCUGCACUACACCUGGAGGGAUAUUUGUAAAGUCUGAGUAAAAUGGUUUCUCAGAAAAGGGACAUCUUGGCACCCUUGAGAAGUGUGUUAAAUGACAUUCAAGGUUUGUAAUAACUAAGAUCACUAAAGCAGCUU